AAUCAGUUUCAGCUUUGGAUUUGAAAAGGGCAAAACAAUAUGGUACAGCAAGAAAGUUGAAAAAGAAAAAGAAAAAGGGAUGGAAAUGGGCUAAAGAAUCAAAACUGAUAAGAGGGGAGAGUACUGAAUCGGUGAAUCCUGAUCAUGGAAGGGGAGGAAAUGGAGAAACAAUACCCAUAUGGGUAUGCUUUAUUCUUUAAAUCAAUUUGGUUAAAUAGAUAAGAAAGAGAAGCAGAGGUUGAUCUGGUGGUGGUAACAAAGCCCACUGUGUCCCUCUCAAUUUCUGCGCUCACACUCCUCCACUGACAUCUCGUAUCCUCUCUCUCUCUCUCUCUCCAUUGUUUGCUGCUACAAAGUAGCAAAGCAGAGAUGGUGACUGAAAAGGAUUCUUAACACUUCAACAAACCAAAACUCAAAAGAGUCAUUGUCUCUGAAACAGACAUGCUCGCCACUUAGCUUUCUUCAGUAGCCAUGUUGCUCUUCCUCUUCCUCUUCCUUCUCUUUCUCUCCUCUGCCUCACCCUCUCUCUCCUACGAACCUCGCAACCAUGAAGUCGAGGCUUUGAUAAGUAUCAGACUAGCUUUGAAUGACCCCCAUGGGGUUCUCAGCAACUGGGAUGAAGACUCUGUAGACCCAUGUAGCUGGGCCAUGAUCACAUGCUCCACUGAAAAUCUUGUCACUGGCUUAGGAGCUCCAAGCCAAUCUCUGUCUGGAAGUUUGUCCGGGAUGAUUGGGAACCUCACCAAUCUUAAACAAGUGUUAUUGCAGAACAACAAUAUCUCCGGCCCGAUUCCAACGGAGCUCGGUACUCUUCCGAGACUUCAAACGUUGGAUCUCUCCAAUAACCGCUUCGCAGGAGCUGUCCCAGCGUCUCUGGGUCAGUUGAGUAAUCUUCAUUACCUGAGGCUGAACAACAACAGCUUGUCUGGAGCAUUUCCUGUGUCUUUAGCCAAAAUCCCACAACUUGCUUUCUUGGACUUGUCUUAUAACAAUCUCAGUGGACCUGUGCCUAAAUUUCCAGCCAGAACAUUCAAUGUUGUGGGAAACCCCUUGAUUUGUGAGGCCAGCUCCACGGAUGGUUGCUCUGGAUCAGCCAAUGCGGUCCCUCUUUCCAUCUCUCUUAAUUCAUCAACUGGAAAACCGAAGUCCAAGAAAGUAGCAAUUGCACUUGGGGUCAGCCUCAGUAUUGUCUCUCUCAUCCUCUUAGCACUUGGAUAUCUUAUUUGCCAGAGAAGAAAACAAAGAAACCAGACCAUCUUAAACAUCAAUGAUCAUCAAGAAGAGGGUCUAAUAAGCCUGGGCAACCUAAGAAACUUCACUCUAAGAGAACUCCAACUUGCCACAGACAAUUUCAGCACCAAGAACAUACUUGGUAGCGGAGGUUUUGGUAAUGUAUAUAAGGGUAAGCUAGGAGAUGGGACUAUGGUGGCAGUGAAACGGCUUAAAGAUGUGACGGGAACUGCUGGAGAAUCACAGUUCAGGACUGAAUUGGAGAUGAUUAGCUUGGCAGUUCACCGGAAUUUGCUUCGGCUGAUUGGCUACUGUGCCACCCCAAAUGAGAGGCUUUUGAUUUACCCCUACAUGUCUAAUGGCAGUGUGGCCUCCAGGCUUAGAGGAAAACCAGCAUUAGACUGGAACACAAGGAAGAGGAUAGCAAUUGGCGCUGCACGGGGUCUUCUAUAUCUACAUGAGCAGUGCGAUCCAAAGAUAAUCCACAGAGAUGUGAAGGCUGCUAAUGUGCUCCUGGAUGACUAUUGUGAGGCUAUUGUUGGUGACUUUGGCCUUGCAAAGCUCCUUGACCAUUCUGAUUCCCAUGUUACCACUGCUGUCCGUGGAACUGUUGGGCACAUUGCACCUGAGUACCUCUCCACUGGCCAAUCAUCUGAGAAAACUGAUGUCUUUGGGUUUGGUAUUCUCUUGUUGGAGCUCAUAACUGGAAUGAGAGCUCUUGAGUUUGGCAAAACGGUUAAUCAGAAAGGAGCCAUGCUUGAAUGGGUGAAGAAAAUACAGCAGGAGAAGAAAGUGGAAGUGCUGGUGGACAGAGAGCUAGGCUGCAACUACGACAGGAUCGACGUGGGGGAGAUGCUACAAGUGGCUUUGCUGUGCACUCAAUAUCUGCCUGCCCACCGCCCCAAAAUGUCGGAAGUGGUCAGGAUGCUGGAAGGCGAUGGCCUAGCAGAGAAAUGGGCAGCCUCCCACAACCACAACAACAAUAAUCCCACCCCCAACAUCUCCCAUUUCAACAGCCACAAAAGUACAUGGCGCCCUACCACUGCAUCAAAGCAUGAUAACAUUGAUCAUGAUGGUUCAAGCAUGUUCGGCACCAUGAUGGACGAGGAGGACGAUGAUCAUUCCUUGGAUGCCCAUGCCAUGGAACUUUCUGGUCCAAGAUAGAACACCCCCCUAACAAGAAUAGAAAUCAAUUCUUUUUUUUUUCCAAUUCAUUAAAAAGCUAGGGUUAACUUUGUCUCAACAAAAGCAUAUAGAGAGUGCUAUCCAAUCUAGUCCUUUGUGUCUCAUUUUGCCCUCUUUUCUUUUCUUUUCUUUUCUUUUGUUAAAGCUGUAUGGGGUUGUAAACUUGAAAUGUAAAUAUUCUCGUGUCUCUCUGUUUUUCAUGUUUGGGAGAUAGGAAACUAGGUAGGAAAGUGGAAGGGAAAGCAGUGGGGAUUGCAGAGGGGAAUGACUAAUGAGGUGAGGUGGCGAUGGGGGUUGGUACAUACUGCAUCAUGAGAUGGUGUGGCAGCAGGAGUGAGACUGUGAGAGGGCAGAAGGGGGAUUGACUCAGCUGACUACAAGUGUGGAAAAUGGCAGUGUGAUGUGUGAAGCAGUGAAGUGAGGUUUGUGUGUUGUCAAGUGAGAGCUGUUAAGGGUCGUUUUCUUACUGAUGCUUUUGCAGGGUCA